AUGGAACCCUCAUCCUCCCAAGGCCCCUCGGCCCAAAACUCUCCCAAACCCGACCAGACCAGCCUUACCCACCGACCAGCCAAUCGUAAACAAUCAUCCGACUCUGCCUCGAAUACCCAAAAUGCACCUAUACCAGACGACAAGCAAGGCGCGGACUUGCCAAUGACCAUGUCUGCUUCUGUGGUGCUAACCAGUCUACCCCGCGAUGCCCAUCAAGCAUUGGCGGAUGCUGAAGCCGUGGAUACGGGGAAAGGCAAGUGUAACUCUGGGGUCAUCAUGUUACCAUCGAGUUCAUACGUUGCUCUCGAACUUUCUCGGUUUUAUCUCGUUCUGGGCCAGAGCUCGCGCCUACUAACGUCAUGUGACUUAUCUCGUCGGGCAAAUACUAACGUUGUAGCAGUCACGGUUCGCUUCCAACCUCUUCCUUCAGCGCCCAUUCUCAAAAAUCGGGUAUUCAAGAUCAGUGCCUCGCAAAAGUUCGAAACAGUUGUGAAGUUUCUCAGAAAGAAGCUAGACUGUAAAGAAUCCGACUCAGUCUUCUGUUAUGUUAACAGCGUAUUUGCACCAGGGCUGGACGAAGGUGUUGGUGGAUUGUGGAGAUGUUUCAAGACUGAUGAGCAGCUUAUCGUUGCAUACUCCAUGACGCCUGCUUUCGGGUAA